GCUCCGAGCCACGUGUCCAAGAAACGGCAGGUGCGCAGCGCGCGCCCGCAUAAUUCCCGCAGCCUGGCCUCCGUCGCCAUGGCGACGCGCCGUAAAUGAAAGCUGCUCGAGCGGCCCGACGUCAGCGUGACGUCGCGCUCGGAAAAGUUCGGCUACUCUCGUUGACCAAAUAUGGGCAGCGCUCCGGCGGGAGUCACGGCUGCGGCCAGCAUGCGAUUUGCGCUGGCCCCCGGUGGCUACCCGCGGUCCUUAGUUCGACCUGGGGCCGUUAAAUCGGCGGCUGCGGCCUGAAAGUGCCGCCUGGCAGCGUCAGCGCGGAGCCCGAGCGGCUAGCGGCUGCGCGGCAAGCCCUUUAAACAUCAUAAGGUGGCGCAGUGAAUGAAGCCGACGUCACCGCGACGUCAGGCGGUCGGCGCGCCGCGAUUGGCCGCGGGGGGUUCCGGCUCGCCAAAUAAGGCAGCGGGGCUCCCCGGGGCCCAUUCAUACGGCGGCGACGGCCCGCGAGUGCGUACGUCGCAGACACACGGAUGGGGACUCCCUAGCCGUCAUGACGAUGGACGGCCUGGACACGCUGUCUCGCGACUGCCUCCAGUUCAACCUGAGUUUUGAAUCGUUCAAGACGACCGGCGCCAGCGGCCUCGCGCCACCUGAGGGCUCCGACGACCCGCUGAACACGCCCGUGUCUACGACCGCCGAGCUGAUCACCUUCUUCGCCACCGAUGCGGUCAUCCCCGACCCAGUGCCCAUCUCAGGUGAGCCGGCCCACCGCUGGCCCGAGAGACCCGCGAGCCCACUGCGCGAUGCGGAGCAGCCCAAGGACCCGUACGGCCGGCUCGCCUACCGCGGCACGUUCACCACUGCUUGGCCCGGCCCCGACGCGGCGCCGUUCUUCGAGCAGCCCGAGCCCUUCCCUCCGCUCGACUCGUUCAAAGCCGCCCCGUACACGGCCGAGCCCGAGCCGGCCAAGUACCCCUGGUUCGCCUAUGAGCACGCACCUCCGGCGGCAGCCUCCUCUUCGUCGUCGGCGGCGGCGCCCAAGCCCGAGGAGCCGACAGCGACACUGGCCGAGUACAACCAGGCUACUAGCAAGGGCCACGAAAUCCUGAGCCAAGCUUACCAGAACAGCCCGGUGCCGCUCAAGCUGGUACCAGUCAAGCCCCGAAAGUACCCAAACCGGCCGAGCAAAACGCCCGUGCACGAGAGGCCGUACGCGUGCCCCAUCGAGGGCUGCGACCGGCGGUUCUCGCGCUCCGACGAGCUGACGCGCCACAUCCGCAUCCACACGGGACAGAAACCGUUCCGCUGCAACAUCUGCCUGCGUUCCUUCUCGCGAUCCGACCACCUCAACACGCACAUUCGGACUCACACGGGCGAAAAGCCCUUCACCUGCGACGCGUGCGGCCGAAAGUUCGCGCGCUCCGACGAGCGAAAGCGACACGGGAAAGUGCAUCUCAAGCAUCGGCUCAAGAAGGAGGACCACCCGUGAGCGCCGCGAGCCACCCUUGUACAUAGUGCUCUGUACAUAUCCCGACCCCAUCUCUCAUCUCCCCGAAUAAAACGGUGCGCAUCGACUCUCGGUCUUCCCU